AGUCAGUGCUGGGAGCGCUGCUAUGGCGUUUCUCAGACCCGCGGCUCCUCCUCACACUCUAGAGGCGGAGGGAAGGAGGGGUAAGAGGAGGAGGAGGCGAGAGGGCGGCCGCCGCAGCUGCAGAGCCGGGGCCAGAGGAGGAGGCGGAGUGGGAGCCGCCGCAGCCACCCGGGCCGCCGCCGCUGCCCGCAGCCGCUGGGCUGCUCUGAGUCCUCUCCGGGCUUGAGGGCACGCGGGGCGCCCCAGCCAUGCCCCGCAGCGGCAGCUGAGCCGGGCGCCGGCCCCCUUCCUCCGGGCCGCCCCAGCCGCCGCGCCCCUCCGGCUGUCCGCGGCUGGAGCUGCCCAGCGCCUCCCGCGCGCCCCAGACCGUGAGUGCGAGCAGCGGCAGCCGCCGAGGCGCGGGUGGUGCGGGCGGCGGCGGCGGGGCAGCGCGGGACAGGAGGCGGCGGGGAAGAUGGACCCGGCGCCCUCGCUGGGCUGCAGCCUCAAGGAUGUGAAGUGGAGCUCGGUGGCGAUGCCGCUCGACCUGCUGGUCAGCACUUACCGGCUGCCCCAGAUCGCGCGGCUGGACAACGGAGAGUGCAUAGAAGGGCUGCGGGAAAAUGACUACCUGCUGAUUCAUUCCUGCCGCCAGUGGACCACCAUCACUGCCCACAGCUUGGAGGAGGGUCACUAUGUCAUUGGGCCAAAGAUAGAGAUUCCAGUACAUUAUGCAGGGCAAUUCAAGCUGCUGGAACAAGACCGAGAUAUAAAGGAGCCAGUGCAAUAUUUCAACAGCGUGGAGGAGGUGGCUAAGGCAUUUCCUGAACGCGUGUACGUCAUGGAGGAUAUCACAUUCAACGUGAAGGUUGCUUCAGGUGAAUGCAAUGAAGACACUGAAGUUUACAACAUCACCCUGUGUACUGGGGAUGAACUCACUCUAAUGGGGCAGGCAGAAAUCCUUUAUGCAAAGACAUUCAAGGAAAAGUCACGACUCAAUACAAUCUUCAAAAAGAUUGGGAAGCUCAAUUCCAUCAGCAAGCUGGGAAAAGGCAAAAUGCCAUGCCUCAUUUGCAUGAAUCACCGGACCAAUGAAAGCAUUAGCCUUCCAUUCCAGUGCAAGGGCAGAUUUAGCACCCGGAGUCCCCUGGAACUUCAGAUGCAAGAGGGCGAACACACCAUCCGCAACAUUGUGGAGAAGACCAGGCUUCCUGUGAAUGUGACUGUGCCAAGCCCUCCGCCGAGAAACCCGUACGACCUCCACUUCAUCCGUGAGGGACACCGCUACAAGUUUGUGAACAUCCAGACCAAGACGGUGGUGGUUUGCUGUGUGCUGCGGAACAACAAGAUCCUCCCCAUGCACUUUCCUUUGCACUUGACUGUCCCCAAGUUCAGCCUCCCAGAACACCUGGUGAAGGGAGAGGGAUGGCCCGAAACCCUGGUCCAUCACUGGCUAGGUAUCUGCCAAGAACAGUUCGACAUCGAUGAGUAUUCACGGGCUGUCCGUGAUGUGAAAACCGACUGGAAUGAGGACUGCAAGAGCCCCAAGAAGGGCCGGUGCUCUAGCCACAACCACGUGCCCAACUCCCUCAGCUAUGCCCGCGAUGAGCUCACCCAGUCCUUCCACCGACUCUCGGUCUGUGUGUAUGGCAACAAUCUCCAUGGCAACAGCGAGGUGAACCUUCAUGGUUGCAGGGACCUGGGAGGAGAUUGGGCCCCCUUUGCUCAUGACAUCCUGCCCUAUCAGGACUCUGGUGAUAGUGGGAGCGACUACCUUUUUCCGGAAGCUAAUGAAGAAUCAGCAGGCAUCCCAGGAAAGUCAGAACUUCCCUAUGAAGAGCUGUGGCUGGAGGAAGGCAAGCCCAGCCAUCAGCCUCUCACUCGCUCCCUGAGCGAGAAGAGCAGAUGUGAUCAGUUUAGAGGUUCUGUUCGAUCCAAAUGUGCAACUUCUCCUCUUCCCAUCCCUGGGACUCUGGGAGCAGCAAUGAAGUCUUCAGAUACUGCCCUACCUCCACCUCCAGUGCCUCCCAAAUCUGAAGCCGUCAGAGAAGAAUGCCGGCUCCUGAACGCCCCACCUGUUCCACCCCGAAGCUCAAAGCCUUUGUCCACCAGUCCCUCCAUCCCACCUCGCACAGUCAAGCCAGCGCGGCAACAGACUCGCUCUCCCAGCCCCACCUUGUCCUACUAUUCUUCAGGGCUGCACAGCAUCAGCGUCACUAAAACUGACACAAGUCCUUCUGAAAGCGCUCCUGUUUCCUGCUAUCCAUGUAUCCGGGUGAAAACUGAUUCUGUGGACCUGAAAUCCCCAUUUGGAAGUCCUUCUGCUGAAGCUGUGUCCUCUCGGCUCUCGUGGCCUAACCAUUAUUCAGGAGCCUCAGAGAGCCAGACCAGGAGCGACUUCCUGCUGGAUCCAAGCAGGAGUUACAGUUAUCCUAGACAAAAGACGCCAGGUACACCAAAGAGAAACUGCCCAGCACCUUUUGAUUUUGAUGGCUGUGAGCUCUUGGCCAGCCCCGCUAGCUCAGCCACUGUAGACUUCAGUAGCAGCAUCUCUGGUUGUCCCAAGUCAGCCAGCUACUCUCUGGAGAGCACAGACGUGAAAACUCUUGCAGCUGGUGUGACAAAGCAGAGUACUUCAUGCCCUGCCUUACCCCCCAGGGCCCCAAAACUAGUGGAAGAGAAGGCUGCCUCCGAAACAUCUCCUUUGCCUCUGAAAAUUGAUGGUGCUGAGGAAGACCCCAAGUCUGGGUCACCAGACCUCUCCGAGGACCAGUAUUUUGUUAAAAAGGGCAUGCCGGACAUCUUCACUGCCUCCUACCCUUUCUCAUCUCCACUCCACCUCCAGCUGGCCCCCAGAUCCUGUGGUGAUGGCUCCCCAUGGCAGCCACCUGCUGACCUAUCAGGACUCUCUAUAGAGGAAGUAUCCAAGUCACUGCGGUUCAUUGGUUUGUCCGAAGAUGUCGUAUCAUUCUUUGUUACCGAAAAGAUUGAUGGGAACCUGCUUGUUCAGCUAACAGAAGAAAUCCUCUCAGAGGAUUUCAAACUGAGCAAACUGCAGGUGAAGAAGAUAAUGCAAUUCAUUAAUGGCUGGAGGCCCAAAAUAUAGCCAAAUAACCCCAGCCAGCAUGGAACAAAACUGAUCAAUGUGUGUGCUAGAAGGGGUGGGCUGGGACACAAUUUCAUGUUUUUGCACUAAAAACCUUCUCUGUAAAUAGGGAUAAGAGAAACUCUUACUAUGCAGAUUCUGUUUUUGAAUGGUGAACAGGCUAUUUUGUACAUCAAUAAAAAUGCUAUACAGAACACUUGGAGGUGUGCCUUGUACGUCACUCAACAAACACUCAGCAGCUGCUAAAAGAAAAAAAGGCAUAUGCAGAGAAAUCAUUCUUACCCAAGUAGGUUUAUGUGAGAAGGUAUGAUAUUUAUUACAAAAUAGCCAAAGCUGAAAGACAUAAAAAUCUUAAAAAAAAAAAAAAAAAAAAAACGCGUUUGAACAAUUCCCUUCUUUCAGGAGGGUUGACUUUAGACAAUUAACUAUGUUCUGUGCUCUGUCAUUCGGAUUGCUUCAUGCUAAUUGUUUUACUCUUGUGCCUGAAAAUGUUAAUGAUAUGAAUUGACACUUUAAUGUUAUAUGCUUGGUGGGGAUCUUUUUAUUACAAGGCAUUUUCCAAAAGUCAUGUGUUGAUAAAGGGAUAUAUGUUGUCCUUAGAAAUCACACAAAUCAUGACCACAAUAAUUUAUCUGUAACUGCUGCUAAUUUUCUUGAGCAGAGAAAAAAGAAUAUACACAUAUAAAUGUGUAUAGAUGUAUACACAACACACCCCUAUAUAUUUUACACAUAAUUUUGAUUAUGAUAUUUAGAUAACAUCUGUUCACUUUUAAAUAAUCCGUUGAGGUUUGGGAACUGUUAACUACAUUGAUUCUCUUAGGAAGAGAGGACAGAAUGACUCCAGAGAUUCUCAGAACCCUGUCACUAGAAGCUCAGUCUCAUUUGGGUUCACUGAAAACUUGGAACAAAUCAGUAAAGAGUCCUGUAUUGAAGAAUUAAGUUUGAGUUUAAGCCCACUGCAAGGCUGGUUUUUGCAUGUAAUACUCCCAUUACAUCUGGGGAAAUGACAAUUUCUGUUGACUUCUAAUUCUCGGGUUUGAGGGUCUCCUUCCCCUGGUGUCUGAUGGUGAGAAGUCUGAAGAACAUUUGUCAGAGCACAUUACAUUUCUCAACCUGCUUCAUGCUUUACGAGAGCUCAGAAAUCAGACACGCCAGCCUUUAUUGUGUAUGCUACAUAUGUUGAGUAUUUUUUAAAUACCAAUAAGAGGACUUGUUUAUUUCAUAAACCACUUCUUCCCUCUCUUUCAAAGAAAAUACAUUUUUACCAUACUUUUAUUCCAAGAAUUCCAGGACAUUAGUCUGAGAAUUUUUGCUAAAUAUGAUUAAAUAUUCCAAAAUAUAAUGGCAUCAUCAAUAUUCUUGACUUUUUUAGAGAAUAUAUCUUAGGACUGUGUUAGUUCUUGGAGCAAGGCAUCAUCUACUCCCCCGCACCCCAAAGUCUGGCCCCAGAUUCCAGAUGUGCAGAUGGCAAAUGACCAAGGUGCACACAGUGCCCUUUGGAAUAGGGGGUCAGCCAGCGAGGCGUCAGCAUGACUUGCAGGAUGGGCCUAUAUGUUACCAUCUCCUCUUCCUUCUACCAAAAUGAAAGACAAGACCCACCAGUCUAGUUUUAUAGACUUGUGAAAUGUGUCUUUAUUUCUUGGCAUUAGAAGAAAGAUAUUUUUAAUCCAUAUCAUGGUUUGGAGUUGAGGUGAAUUGAUACCUAUUCUAAUUUUCCAUCUUACAUCUCCUUUAUCAAAAAGAAAGAGCAUUUUUUUCUCCUAUCAAUGUAAAUCUCCCAAAAUGUAAAUACUAUAGGUAAAAAGAGUACCCUGUAAAAUUCUCAUACUGGAGCACCCUUCAAAAGUCACUGACAAGACGAUGAGGAACUAUCUGGUACUGCACUCAUAGGACAUGAGACCCAUGAGACUUUCAUGUUCUGAGAGCAUCCUUCUGUGUGAGGGGGACUGCCAGACAAACCUAGCUGACUCCAUCCUUUUUAAAACACUUAACACUCAGACACAGUUCUCAAACUCAGGAAGAAGGAACAGGGUUGGCUUGGGUUUACUAUAAAGGUUGCCCAUAUAAACAACUGACUCCUUAUAGUGUUUUUAUUUCUUUUGUAAAAACUUUACACAAAAUAGGGUUUUAAAUACUUUUUAUUUUGAACUUGGCAUAUUUUUAUCAAGUUUAUAUUGAUUGGCAGUGUGGAGACUCCUUGAAAGCAAGGACUGUGGCCUUUGAUUCACUUAGCAUGAAACAUUCUAAUAUCAUUCUACACUUCUGAGUAAAAGACACAGCCCCUGCCCUCUUAGAGAUCAUAUUGUUUAUAUUUGAAAUCUCAGUUGCUAAGACUAUAUAUUUGUGGGUAAGAAAGACGUGAACUCCUCUGGGCAGCUGGGUAUAUGGAGAGUUACGUGUGUCCUGUCUUUAAAAUGUUAACCUCCAGUAACACUCCAAGAUCACUAAAACUUGCAAUGUGUGGGAGUCAGAAAGUAUCUCUCUCACUGCCUAGUGGUGGUGGUGGUGGUGGUGUUUUUUUUACUGACUUGGAAUUCUUUUAAUUGUAAUAAAUAUCUUCUGUCAUCUCUAAAAGCCACAAAUAAAUGAAAUUGCCAUUCCUAAGCUGAGUACCUGUCUGUGAAGAACUGUGGCACCCUGACUAGAUAAAGCAUUCAUAGCUCCAAGAGAAUCAUAACAAGAUAUGCAAGCAGGGGUAAUAAGGAGACAGCCCUUCCCUUUCCAGAGCUGCGAUUGUGCAGUGAAAAGCAAUGCCCAGAGAUCCACACACAGAACCUUUCUAACCAACCAAGUCAAGACUUAUCAUCUUAUCUCCUCUGACAGGCCCCCUAUAAUCAAACAAGAGGAAGUGUCUGUCUGUAAGACCCUUUUGGGUCCUUAGAUUCAUGGCAAAAAUCAUCAUGGCCCCCAUCAGAAAAGAAAAUCAGCAAUAAACCAAGCCAAGCAGCUAAAAAGUAUAAUGUGGACCUAACUCAUGUUGAGAGGCAGAAUUUGAACACUCACAGAUUAAUCUUGCAAGUUUUCUCUUCUUUAAGUUGAACUGCUAAAUUUUAUGAACUGUGAAAUUUACUUACAUUCUUUCAACCCACAUAUAUCAUUGCAGUUUAUGAAGUUGCAGCGAACUGCCCAUUCAGCUACAUUGCAGUGUUUAUUCUUGUCUCAUGUCGAAAUUCAACAAUCUUAUGGGAAAUAUUAUGACAGUCCAUUCCAGCUGUUUUCAGAUGCAUGCAAAAACAGCCUCUGCUCACAUUCCACAGCCACCUGCAUGUUAUCCAUACAGUUCCCUGAGAAGUCGAAGGGUGGAGGGUGGGGUAUGGAAGGAUGGAGGGUCCUUCAUUUUCUAAAUGCUUUGUAUAAGUCACCAUUCGUUGUGCCUAACAAAUAUAAAAUUAACAUUUUGAAUAACAAACUGGAAAACAGUCCUCCAAAGAACCUAGUGAACUGUUCAAAGGAAAUUUUAAUUUCAGUCUACCAGGAAAGUUAAAUCUGUUGUUGGGCAUAGGGGGCUUUCAGAAACAUGACUCUUAUAUCAACUUCCUCUAUCUUUCAAGUUACCUAAAGGCAUUAGGCUGCUUGAGCAAGAAGAAUAAAAGGCCUAGAAUGCAAACUACAGGAAAUAGAGCUUUUAGAUUGUGGGAUGUUAAUAUGGGAUUCUCAUGGUCACAUCAUGUUAAAUCACAUUGUUUAGUCUUCAAAACUUAGUGUUUUAAAAUUUAUCUCAUUGUGAUAGCCAGAAACACGGAAUAAACAUGAUUUCAGUUUAAAUUAUAUACAAAUAUCUUCUGUAAUUUUGCUGCUCUAAUUUUUAGGCUAUAGAUUUUGUAAUAGAGCUUAUCAGAUUGCGGAUUUUCUUUGUUUACAAUCUCAUGUAGUAGGGCUCAGAUAAUUUCUUAGCUAUAAACCUUCUAUUCCACUCAUACUGUUUCAUUUAAAAUAUUUAAGCUAAGCCUAAAAAUUGAAUUCAAUUAAGAAUUUGGAGGGUUUAUCUUAAAUGGAAAUGGUGUGUUCUUUUCAAAGAAUUUUGUAGUGAUCUUUACAGUUUCUUUGCUUGGAAAACUUGGGUUGUUAACUACCAGUUAACAGUUGCAGUACUUUCCAGAACAUUAUCUAAUGGGCCCAAUGUGUACCUCAAGAUAAACACAGUAUGUUAUGUCUAAAAAUUUCAUUGUCUGUUGAUUUAAAUCGUUCUGAAGUGUCUAUAAUAAAGAAAUUUUCAAAGUUG